AUUUUUUCCAAUGGUUGGGAUAUGUUUUAAAAUUUUAGUUUCUUUCGUGCUCUUUUUCUUAAUUUUUUUAAAUGAUGAUAUAAGUCGCGUGGCGGGGAGCGACGGCAAGAGACUGAAGAAGAAGCACAAAAGCAGCGGCAAGGGUUCGCUUCCUCUACCUAGCGAUGGGGGCUGCAAGGGCUCCUAUCCGCCACCUGCGUAUCGCGAUCGAAGCGAAAACGCAUUCGAUGUGUUGAAUUUCGGGGCAGUGGGUGAUGGCGUGACCGAUGAUACUAAGGCAUUUGAGGCCGCUUGGGCAGCUGCAUGCAAGGUGGAGGCCUCAACCUUGGUAGUACCCGCCGAAUUUCACUUCCUCGUGGGCCCCAUCUCUUUCGCAGGCCCUUACUGCCAACCCAACAUAGUCUUCCAGUUAGAAGGAACUAUUGUGGCUCCCACAAAGCGUGAGGUCUGGGGCCGUUAUGGGAUGUUACAGUGGAUACAAUUCAGCAAGCUGCGGGGGAUAACCGUUAGCGGUCAAGGGGUCAUAGAUGGAAGGGGUGCCGCUUGGUGGGGUGGCUCCUCUUAUCAACAGAUCACGGGACAGUUUUCAAAAGUAGCAAUGCCAAGUAUAAAACCUACGGCAUUAAGAUUUUACGGGAGUUUUAACGUAAUGGUAACGGGCAUAACGAUCCAGAAUAGCCCGCAGUGUCACCUCAAGUUUGACGCUUGCACGGGCGUUAUAGUGUCGAAUAUCAAUGUCUUAUCGCCAGGAGAUUCCCUUAACACGGACGGCAUACAUCUGCAGAAUUCCAAAGACGUCCUCGUCCAGCAUUCCAACUUCGCAUGCGGGGAUGAUUGUGUAUCGAUACAGACGGGGUGCUCUAAUGUGUAUCUCCAUGACAUAAAUUGUGGGCCGGGUCAUGGCAUAAGCAUAGGCGGCCUUGGUAGAGAUAACACGAAAGCAUGCGUCUCCAAUGUCACCGUUCGAAAUGUUGUCAUACGCAACACUAUGCAUGGGGUUCGAAUCAAGACAUGGCAGGGUGGCUCGGGUUCGGUUCAAGGUGUGUUAUUCUCUAACGUCCAAGUUUUCGAAGUCCAAUUUCCGAUUGUCAUCGACCAAUUCUACUGUGAUAGAAGAACUUGCAAGAACCAAACUGCAGCUGUAGCUUUAGAAGGCAUAACAUAUGAGAACAUAAGGGGAACUUACACAAUCAAACCCAUGCAUUUUGCAUGUAGUGAUAGUGUUCCAUGCAUGGGUGUUGUACUCAACAACAUACAACUUCAUCCAAUACAAGAAGCUUUUCAUAUGUAUGACGCUGAUUGUUGGCAUGCAUAUGGCGUUUCUUUGGCCACAUGCAUUCCCCCCAUCUCAUGCUUGCAAGCAGAAAAGCCAUCAAAGGGCCAUAUUCAAUCUAAUAUUGAAUCUUGUUGAAUGUAGCUUUUAGGAAUUUUUAAUUUUAAUUUUUUAUUUUUAGAUAAUAGUGGAUGUGUCUGUGUGGUUGCGACUCUCAUUCCAACCCCUAUGCACCAUGUUCAUAGAUUACAUAUGCUAUGUCACAUUAGGGUUUGCUAGUGUUGGGGACUUGUACCUUUGGGGUUUGUUUUGUGCACCCUAUAAAGGA